AGCUGCUCCUGGAGCAGGUAAAAUGAAGAUCAAUGAACAAACCAAACUGCUAAUUAUAAACCUUUCACACAACAGUUAUCAGAGAUUGAAAUUCGCUCAUCCCACCAUACCAAAACCGAAUAAACAAACACCAUUCUCUUCCCCAACAAAUAAAAAAACCUCCACCUCAGAAACUAGAAAUGAAGAAGGAAAGAUAAUCACCGAACUGCAGCAGAGACACCAAUCAUGGUGGUAACGACUAAAACAAUGGCGAUAUGAAUUAGAAGAUAGGAAAAAAAAUCCCUUACCUCUUCAUCUUCGGUCUUCAACUAUUUAAGCAUUAAAUCAUCUGCAACAAUGGCGACGACGAUACCAGUAACUCCGGCGGACGCGCACAAUCCUCUGGCCAAGUUUACUGGUCUUUGCAGCAACUCGUUUGAGGCCGGCAUGAUGAGAAUCCUCGUCGAGUGCGCAGCUCUCAUCAUCUUGUCCCACCUUCUUCACCGAGCAAUCUUCCAUCGCAUUGGCCAACCUGCUGUCAUCUCCCAAAUAUUCGUAUGUUGUCUUUUUUUCAUUCUUCAAUUCUCAAAAAAUCAUAGCUUUACUACUGAUAUUCUGAUCAACAUGGAUUUUAUUUUAAACAGACAGGAAUGAUGAUGGGACCAACAAUGACAUCAAAGAUAAAAAUAUUGCGCGAGUUAUUCGCAUUUGGCAGCAGCAACACCAAACUCAUGGGAUCAAUAGCCAUAACAGGUCGCAUGUUCUUCAUGCUCUUAGUAGGAUUAGAAAUGGACAUCCCCUUCCUCCUCCGCUCCGUCCGCCGCUCCAUCAUCAUCACAACCGGCUCCGCUGUCUCCUGCUUCAUAGCCGCCAUCUCCUCCUCCACCAUCAUCUACCGGGCCACCGGCCCCAACGGCAACCCACUCCUCUUUCUCCUUAUCCUCGCUCUCCUCUACACCAACACCUCCUCCACUAUCGUCAUCCGCAUGUGCACCGAACUAAAGCUCGCCACCUCAGACCUCGGCCGCCUCGCCGUAUCAUCGUCCCUUCUCAACGACAUGGCUUGCCUUCUCGUCCUUGCCGUCGCCACCACGACCAGUCCCGGCCCAUACAACCAAAGAACCCAAACGCAGAAGCUUAUAGGUGGGUUAACAGCGCUUCUAAUGCUGACCAUUUCAGCCUGGGUUUUAAAGCCACUGGUUCGAUGGAUGAACAAACGUAAUGAAGGAAGAAGACACAUCAGACAUUUGGAGAUGGUGGGAUUAUUACUCUUUGUGUUCAUAGUGGCUGUGAUGAUGGAGAUGAUGGGGUAUAACAGUACUAUGGCGUGCUUCAUGUUGGGAUUAGUAAUGCCGAGGGAAGGCUGUACAGUGAGGACGUUGGUGGAUAAGCUUAGUUAUCCGAUUAAUAAGUUUGUUCUUCCGAUAUUUUUUGGAUUUGCGGGGAUUAGUACUGAUAUGAGCAGUAUUAGUGGGGGGAUGAUGGGAGCGGUGGUUGUGAUGGUGGUGCUGAAUAUUGCUGCGAAGGUGGUGGGAACGCUUGCGGCUACAAGGUACCUUGGAAUGGCAGUGUAUGAGGGGAUUGUGCUUGGCUUUCUUCUCAAUAUCAAAGGGCAUGUGGAUCUUGUUCUUGUUUCUUUAGCAAGAGGGGCAGAGGUAAGACUACUCGCUAUUUACUUGUUAUUUAGUUUCCGUGGGAAACUGUCCGCCGAAACCAUCCGGCCAGCGGAUUAUCCGCCGGCGCUAAUGGCAGAAAGUUUCCGCCGGAAAUUCGGGCAGAUAAAACACCGGAAUUCUUUUCAGGAAAACGAUGUCUUGGUUACGAUUUUUCUGCCGAUAUGGGGAGAAGAAGCCCAAAAAGUCCUCCUAGUUACCGUGCUCAUGGCCACCCUCGCCGCUGGCCCCGCCGCCGCCUUCGUCAUCCGCUUAGAACGCAGCUCCCUCCGCUACCGCGGUGCGUACCUGCACCACCAUCCCAUAGGUGCGGAGCUCCGCAUACUCACCUGCAUCCACGGCCCCCGCGACGUGCCCACAAUGCUCAACCUCGUUGAGAUAUGCGGCGGCGGCGCACCGGAAUCCCCCCUGGCAGCCUACCUAAUGCACCUCGUGGAGCUCACCGCCGGCGCCGCCUCCUACGUAUUGUACCACCAGCACGACGUUGAGGAUGACGGCGGGUGGGAGCACGGUGGCGAUGAUGCGCGGAUUAUCACUGCUGCUGCCGACGUGUUCAGUAUUGAGACUGGCAUAGGGCUCCGGCAGGUGACGGUGGUGUCGGCAAUGGAGACGAUGCAGGAGGACGUGUAUAAUGCGACGGUGGAUGUCAGGGCUUCGUUGGUGCUCAUGCCAUUUCAUAAGCACCAGAGGGUAGAUGGAAGGAUGCAGGUAGGGAAGAUUGCAGUGCAACAGUUGAAUGAACGAGUGAUGAAACGAAUACCUUGCACAGUGGGAGUGCUGGUCGACCGAGGCCUCGACGGCAGCGUUGGUGGCCACACCCCAACGAAUGGGCCUAACCCCCACCACCCCAUGCACCAGGUGGCCGUCCUCUUCUUCGGCGGCGCCGACGAUCGCGAGGCCCUCGCCGUCGGAAUGCGACUCGCCCUCCACCCUUCCGUUCUCCUCACAGUCAUCCGCUUCCUCCCAGAAUCAAGGGCCGAACACGAUGCAGGCUUAGAGAUGGCUGCAGCAAAUGACGAUAAGGAAGUUCUCGUUGCCAUCUCUAACCAUGAAAGAGAAAUGGAGGCCGAUGAAGCCUUCAUGGCAACUUUCAUGAGCAGGUCCAUGUCGACUGGGCGGGCAAUGUACGUGGAGAAAUAUGUAAGAAAUGCUGCAGAGACUGUGGCAGUGAUAUGCGCCAUGGAUAACAUGUACUCUUUGUUUAUUGUGGGGAGAGGAAGAGAUAGACUGUCGCCAUUAACUAGAGGGAUGAAUCAGUGGGUGGAAUGUCCAGAGUUGGGGUCAGUAGGAGAUCUAUUGGCUUCCUGUGAUUUUAUGGGGGUUGGUUCAGUUUUAGUAGUUCGACAGUAUAGUAAUCACUUGUCUUGUAAGAAUGAUGAUGGUGAAGAUGAUGAAGAUAUAGACGAGGAGUUUAAGGUGUUCUAGUUCCUUUAGAGGAGUUGGUGGUUCAUUCUCUUUAGUUUCCGAAAUAGAAUAGUUGGUUGGUUUAUAUUUCUGAUUCUUAACGUAAAAUGUACAGUGAAAUAGAAGAAUGGCAUUUCAUGUUGGAAAAGAAAGAUUUUUAUGUCGUUUUGACUGAAUUUGUGGGUCGAAAAUGGACAAACAAUGUAAUGAAUAGGUUAAUGUGCACAUUAUUUAAUGUGAUUUCGCUAUAUUUAAUCACAAGUCUCAUGUUAGUAGUUUGUAAAUGAAUAGGUUAAUGUGCAUAUCAUCAAAGUAAAGUCAAGUAAAAAAAAUAUGAGUUACUCUCUUUUGAAAAGACUGGACUCCCUCAGAUUAAUUACACUUGA